AUGAAUGACGCUGCAGCCGAGCCCUUGAUCUCCAACGACCGCCGCGUUCCGAACGAUGCACGCGACCGCUACGACGAAGCCGACGACGCGAGUAUAAGAGAGGAUGAGGUGGACGAGAGUGCCUUGGUAUCCCCAGGCCUGUUUAUAUGGUGUCUGACUAUAUGCGCCGGGGUGUCAGGAUUGCUAUUUGGAUAUGACACCGGUGUUAUAUCCUCUACCCUCAUCUCCAUAAACACCGACCUCUCCUCCCGGCCCCUGACCACCCUCGACAAGAGCUUGAUUACGUCUUGCACCUCGUUCUUCGCACUCCUCGCCUCGCCCCUAACGGGUAUCCUCGCCGAUGCAUACGGACGCAAAACCGUGAUCCUCGUCGCAGACAUCCUCUUCAUACUCGGUGCGCUGCUGCAGGCAUGGACAAGCAGUGUUGGCGGCAUGAUCGUGGGUCGGUCCAUUGUCGGCGCAGCUGUUGGAAGCGCGUCGUUCGUUGUACCGCUGUAUAUCUCGGAGCUCAGCCCUAGCCCUUUCCGCGGACGGCUGGUGGUAGUGAGCAGUUUGUUCAUUACUGGUGGGCAGGUCGUUGCUUAUAUUGUUGGGUGGUUGUUCUCGGAAAGAUUGCAUGGAUGGAGAUGGAUGGUGGGUUUGGGGGCUUUACCGGCUGCCAUACAGUUCGUUAUGCUGUUUUUCCUGCCCGAAACACCGCGGUAUCUCGUCAAGGCUGGAAAGACGCAGCAAGCGAAGAGGGUAUUGGGGCGUGUGUACAAAAGUGAGGAAAGUGGGACGAAGUUGGUGAACGCCGUGCUGAGGCGGGUAGAGAAGGAGAUUGAAGAGGAGGAGGACGCGGCUGGACUGCGAGGGACUCCUGACAUGGCUAAGAUCGGUUGGAGAGCUAAGAAGGAGAGGGUGCAAGACAGUUUCUCUCAACUGAUCGUCAUCGGAGGGAACCGUCGAGCCUUGAUUAUCGCGUGUAUGCUUCAGGGCUUCCAGCAACUUUGUGGCUUUAAUUCACUAAUGUACUUCUCCGCCACAAUAUUCCGCCUCGUCGGUUUCGAAUCACCAACCCUAACCUCGCUCUCCAUCGCCAUCACAAACUUCCUCUUCACACUCGUAGCCUUCCACUACAUCGACCGCAUCGGACGCCGCCGUAUCCUCCUCUGGUCCGUACCCAUCAUGAUCAUCGGUCUCGCACUAUGCGCCAUCGCUUUCCUCUUCAUCGACCUUCCCACCGAGGAACCUUCCGCUACCGCCACUGCCAUUGCCGGCGAUAACAACAAGAUCUGGCCCCUAGUCAUCCUCUUCUCCAUGAUAACAUACGUCGCCGGUUAUGCGAUAGGCAUGGGUAACGUUCCCUGGCAGCAAUCUGAACUGUUUCCGCUGUCUGUAAGGUCGCUUGGGUCUGCGGUGUCGACGGCUACGAAUUGGGGGUCGAAUACCUUCAUUGGGAUCACUUUUCUGCCCAUGAUGAAUAUCUUCACCCCUGUGGGAACGUUUGCGUUGUAUGCCGUGGUCUGUGUGGUUGCGGAGAUUGUCAUUUGGAGGAUAUAUCCUGAGACGGCGGGGUUGGGGUUGGAAGACGUGGGCGGGUUAUUGAAGGAUGGGUUUGGGCCUACAUUCUUCCUCCUCACAACCCUCAGCGCUCUGGUAGCCGCCGCCCCAGUCCACGCCUCUAACCCCCCUCCUCCCCUCCCCACAGCCUUCUACCCUGACCCUGUUUCAGGCUCCGGCUCCGGCCAAAUGGUCGACAACAUGCUUCCGGACAGCGACCUCCCAGGUGGCGGCAUCGCCUCCGGCCAAAUGGUAGAUAACAUGCUUCCCGACAGCGACCUCCCCGGCGGCGGUAUCGGCUCCUCUUCUCCCCAGAUGUCCGAAAAACGCGCUCUUGCCAAUGCCGUUCCUGAUAAAUACGAUUCGUCUACGUACUACGACGCAGCCGCCGAGAAAGAAGCAGAGGAGCUGGCUCUUGUGCUAGAUGCUGCGAGUGAGAAUGCGGCGGAGGACGAAAGUGCCGACAUCAACCUUAACUUGAAGAGGGGACAGGGCAUGGAAGGCAAAAGUGUGGAGGGUUGUAAGAAGAGGGGUGGGCCUGCACAGUGUGUGAAGUGUCAGAAAGAGUGGGAUAUGCACGUAUCGUGUUUGUGCGAGAAGAAAGUUAGUUUUGAUGCGUGCGUACAGAGCAAGAUGAAGAACUAUGAUGCUUGCGCAAAAAAGGAGUGCCCGUAA